CCCUAAAAUUUGGCUCCCAAACCUUCUGGGUCUCAAAAGAGUUCCAAUUAUCGCGAUCAAAUUUCUUGAAAUUCCUCCUGAUUUUCUCUUCCUAGUUCCUCGAAUCCAUCCCGGAAUCGGAAUCGGAAUCGGAAUCGUGUUUUCCCCAUUUGCAGAUCACACGGUCCGAAAUGGGUACCGCGCAUAGCCGCGACUGCGAGGAUGUUGAACUUUCAGACUCCGAUGAAUUCAAGGAGGAGGAAGAAGAAGAAGAAGAAGAAUGCGACGAGGCUGGGACAGAAUUGAAGCCAGCUAAAUCGACUGGUACUUCAUCUGCAAUUGAUGAUGUCGACGCCAAACUCAAAGCUCUUAACCUCAAGUAUGGCUCCUCUUCCCCUUCUCAGAUACCUAAUUCCAAGAAUGCUGUAAAACUUUACCUUCAUAUCGGUGGAAACACCCCCCGAGCGAAGUGGAUCGUCUCUGAGAAACUCACUUUCUACGAUUUUCUCAAAACGGCGAAGGUCGACGGAAAUAAUUACGACGAGGAGGAGGAAGAUGACGUUAGGGGUUACAAAGCCAAAUCGUCGGGAGGGAGAGAUCAGUUGCGUUGGGUACUCAAAGUAGGGACGAAGAUUAGAGCUCUGGUUUCGACAGAAAUGCAAAUGAAGAUGUUCGGCGAUCAGCGGCGUGUCGAUUUUGUUGACAAAGGUGUUUGGGCUUUGAAGUUCCGGAGUGAUGAACAGUAUCGGAAUUUCGUAACUGAAUUCCAAGAUUGCUUGUUUGAGAAUGUCUAUGGUCUUCAAGCGACUGAUGAGAACAGGGUCAAGAUUUACGGGAAGGAAUUCAUUGGGUGGUUGAAGCCGGAGGUGGCCGACGAUUCGAUUUGGGAAAACGCUGAUAUUGAGUUCGGGAAGAGCCCUGGGUCGAAGACUCCGUCGGUGAGAACGAAGCACGACUUGAUAGAGGAGUUCGAGGAAGCUGCUAAUGGAGGAGUACAGAGCUUGACAUUAGGGGCAUUGGAUAACAGCUUCUUGGUGAAUGAUUCAGGCGUUCAGGUUUACAAGAAUCUAAGCCAUGGAAUUCACGGGAAGGGGGUCUCGUUGAAAGUUGGUUCAGGAAAUUCCCCAAACAUUGGUCGAUCAACACCGAAGAAGGGUCUUCUCAUGAAGGCUGAGACGAACAUGCUUCUCAUGAGUCCAUUGAAGGAAGGAAAGCCCCACGCAUCAGGGCUGCAGCAGCUUGAUAUAGAGACGGGGAAGAUAGUCACCGAAUGGAAGUUUGAAAAGGAUGGUAAUGAUAUUACAAUGAGGGACAUCACGAACAACACCAAAGGAUCGCAAUUGGAUCCUUCAGAGGCGACAUUUUUGGGGCUGGACGAUAACAAGCUUUGUCAAUGGGACAUGAGAGAGCGUAAAGGAAAGGUUCAGAACAUUGGAGGUGCUGAUAAUUCACCGGUUCUGAACUGGGCACAGGGGCAUCAGUUUUGUAGAGGGACAAACUUUCAAUGCUUUGCUACGACUGGGGAUGGGUCGAUUGUUGUUGGGUCAGCUGAUGGGAAGAUUAGGCUGUAUUCGAAGACAUCGAUGAGACAGGCGAAGACAGCUUUUCCGGGGCUCGGUUCGUCGAUUACUCACGUGGAUGUUACUUAUGAUGGGAAGUGGAUUUUGGGGACGACUGAUACUUAUUUGAUACUCAUUUGCACAUUAUUCACUGAUAAAGAUGGGAACAUGAAAACUGGGUUCAGUGGUCGGAUGGGCAACAGGAUUCCAGCUCCGAGGUUGCUGAAGUUGACUCCUCUGGAUUCCCAUUUGGCUGGAGCAGACAACAAAUUCCAUGGUGGCCACUUUUCAUGGGUCACCGAGAGCGGAAAACAAGAGCGUUACCUCGUUGCAACAGUGGGGAAGUUCAGUGUAAUAUGGGACUUCCAUCAAGUAAAGAACAGUGCACACGAAUGCUACCGAAAUCAGCAAGGUCUCAAGAGCUGUUACUGCUACAAGAUUGUGUUGAAGGAUGAAUCCAUCGUUGAAAGUCGGUUCAUGCACGACAAGUUUGCUGUCUUAGAUUCUCCAGAAGCUCCACUGGUUGUGGCUACGCCCAUGAAAGUCAGCUCCAUCAGCCUGUCCGGGAAGAGAUGAGACGCCAUUGUAACACGUCGACGAUGUGCUUUCUCGUCUCCAUUGAUUGAUGUGUUCCUGUAGCUAUACUGCUGCUUUCUUCGUUAAUCCCUUCGUAUGUAAUUAGGAACAGUCCCCCCUGCUUCUGGUCAUAUUUUGUUCAUUAUCACACUGAAAAAUUUGUGUGUUUUAGGUAAAUAGCUAUACGAUGCAAGAGUAGAACUGAUUUUUAGGAUGUAUUUCUUAUGUGUUCUUCAUUGUGAUUUUGAGUAAAAUUUAAAGUUGUUAACAGUAA